CUUCCCUGGCGGUCCCCUCGGCAGCCAGCCCGUGUGUGUUCUUGGUCACGAGUCCGGAGAGCCUCGGGAUGAGUGCGGGGACAGGGAGCGGGGCGCGGACGGGAGGGAGCUGGACAUGAUGGACCACCUUGCAAACACGGAGAUCAACAGCCAGCGCAUCGCUGCUGUGGAGAGCUGCUUUGGGGCUUCUGGGCAGCCCUUGGCCUUGCCGGGCAGGGUGCUCCUGGGAGAAGGGAUUUUAACCAAGGAAUGCCGCAAGAAGCCAAAGCCUCGCAUCUUUUUCCUCUUCAACGACAUCCUGGUCUAUGGCAGCAUCAUCCUCAACAAAAGGAAGUACAACUCCCAGCACAUCAUCCCCCUUGAAGACGUCACUCUGGAGACGCUGCCAGACACCCUGCAGAUGAAGAACCGCUGGAUGAUCAAAACCUCCAAGAAGUCCUUUGUGGUGUCGGCAGCGUCCCUGACGGAGAGGAAGGAGUGGAUCAGCCACCUGGAGGAGUGCAUCAAGCACCUGCUGAGCAAGACGGGCCGGGAGCCGUGCAGGGAGCCCGCGGCGCCCUGGAUCCCUGACAAGGCCACGGACAUCUGCAUGCGCUGCACGCACACCAAGUUCUCCACGCUCACCCGCAGGCACCACUGCCGCAAGUGCGGCUUCGUCGUGUGCGCCGACUGCUCCCGCCAGAGGUUCCUGAUGCCCAGGCUGUCCCCCAAGCCCCUGAGGGUCUGCAACCUGUGCUACAGGCAGCUGCUGGCCGAGAAGAAGAAGGAGGCAGAGGCGGAUCGGAGGGAGACGGAGCCCAUCCCCUCUGCCAUGCAGGGCUAUGAGCCCUCCAGCGGCGAUGAGAGCGACAAGUCUGACGAUGACAGGGCUGAGCAUUGGCCAGCUGACUCAGAGUUUUAUACCUCACAGGUAUCCUGGUCAUCUUUCCACAGCUGACCUCUCUGGGAGCUAUGGUGUUUAUACACUGGGAAGCCAACCUCUGGCCUCCAGUGUCCUUCUCGAUGGUUUCUCUGAAGGCCGUGCCUAGGCAGGUGGGUCCUGGCCCCUGUGUGUGCUGUGAGAGCUGAGACAAUGUUUCCCCUCUGAGAGUGUCUCAUACGAUGUGAGCACAGAGACAACAGCUCAGUGAAGAGCAUUGAGGACUGGGGCAGUGCCCUGUGGAUCAGUCUUGGCCAAAUGAGCUCACCUUCAGUGCCUUAUUCUUCAUCUCUGCUAAAACAUCUCUUGUUUGAAAUGGUUUGAGAUUGGCUCUUGGGAGGAAAAGGAGCAUGAAAUCUCAGAGUUGAACACAUUGGCCUGCUCACCGUGUGUUCCUCUGUCACAGCAAGGGCCACUCUGGAUGUCCCUUUCCAUGAGCAUUCUGAGAUUCUCACUGCAGGCAUGCCAGCCUGAGGGAGUAGCUGCUCAUCCCUGUAUAGUACAGCCAGCACUGGAUUCCAUGUGUUCUCAAGGCUGGAAACACUCAGAGAAUGGUACUUGGAAUGCAGGGAGCUUGUGUGGGGCUCAGCGUGAGCCUCAGCAAAGCAUGGAGCAUCCAGCUCUCUCACAUGGAAAGAGGCCAUGCCAGGAGGAGGGAGGGGAGGGCAAAGAGACAGGAAAAUGACCCUGAGCAGUGAAAUAUGGAGGGAGAGAGGUGCUGCAGUUCACUCAACUGAGUGCAGAGCCCAGAUCUCAAACACAGGCAGUUAUACCAGAUUACUAGAAACUUGAAAUCUCAAGCCUAUCAGGUAAAAGGACAGCCCAGGGAAGACUUGAUAAAAGUCUGUAAAAAUCCAGGGAAAGCCCAAAUUAAGAUCCUGUGAAGUACAGCACUUCAGCUUCCCCUUCCCUCCUGUGCUGCUGCCCAAGGCAUCAGAUUCUCACUUGUGGGCUCACCUCCUGCCUUAUCAGCCUCACAAGUCCAAAGUUAAGGUCCUUCAUGUACUUCAAGGAUGGGAGCCAAAGACUUUCCAGUUUACUUGAGAUCAACUUUUAAGUUCAAAUUCAGUUAGAAAUAAACUGUGUUUAUUCCAGUAUUCUAUCAUAAUGUAGCAAGGGAGUAAAUAUAGAGGAAAUCAGACAACAGCAAUUGUUUUGCAGCAGGCAUUUCUACAAACUCCAUUAUUACUUUUAGUAUAUAUUUGAAUUGUGUAUUUUGUGGUCUGGAAAAGCAGCAUGACUGGGAAUACACUGCCAAUGUUGUAAAAUGUUUCCUUACCAUGAGCUGUCACAAGCAGAGCAUUGCUUGACAGGUGGCCAUGUGUUUUCUUAAAUUUCAGUUCAAGAUAAUUAUUCUUACUCCUCUCUUUUAUAAACUGCUACUGUUCCAGUGAA